CAACCUGAAACAGAACAUGAGCACGAAUGUCACAAUGCAUUGCGAGAGGCAUAUGAGCGUGAAGAUUACUACAAAGGGACCUUAUAUGGCAUGCAGUCCACUGCAGUGUUGCAGGAAAUGUACUGCAAAACAUUAUCAAGUCAGCUGGCUGCACAGGAAGAGAAGAAGUUAGCGAGAAAGCGGGAGAAAUUAGUAGGUAACAGACUACCGAGACUCCUCACAGGAGACAAAUUUUAUUGCUCAGUUGUUGAUCACAACAAUGCGGCAGAUGCGGAGGUGGCAACGCAUGAAAGCCGUCAGCAAGAGAGAGAUGAGUGA